GGCGCCCCCCUCCCCGGUCUCUCUCUCCUGGGUCUCUCACUGUGUACGUACUCCUGUUCUUCUCUAUGUGGAGUCUGUCUGUAAUGGGCUCUUAGCCGUGACUACAUUAUUGAUGUGGCGGAUCGGGUGACAGACAGACAGACAGGGGGCUGAGCCUGUAUGGGUGCCGCUAAAGAGUGAGGGGAGAGGCCAAGUCCAGUGCUCUCCCUCUCUCUCCCACUCCCUUUUCCUUUCCAUUUGGAUCGCUCUCCCUCACUUUAUCCCCUGCACUCACUCUAUCCCCCUGUUUUCCUCUCUCACGCGUUAUCCCUCAUUCGCCAGCUCGCUCCUCGUUUGAAUGCAUUUGUCAUGUGGCUCUUCCCCCUGCCCAGGCGCCGAUCGGAUUCACAGAAUCGCUCCACUCCAGCAGUGAAAGUGUUGGUCCGACCAACGUUAGCUGGGAGCCGCUGGGAGUCCAUGGCUGCUGUGUGAUUCAUUACACUGCUGAGUCUCUCUGCUAGGUCUGAGGGUUAACCAGAAGGCAGAGGUGCUGUAGAAUAGUCCAUUCCCCUGCCUUUGUGGUUCCCAUGGAGGGGUUUCCUGUCCACUGACCCACUGUGCUGCCUCACCAGGACAGCAGCCAUGUCUGCCUGCAACACCUUCACGGAGCAUGUGUGGAAACCAGGCGAGUGCAAGAACUGCUUUAAGCCCAAGAGCCUGCACCGCCUGGCCGAGGGUGGCGUGAAGAAGAUUGCCCCUGAGCAACCCCCCCAACAACAGAGCCAACCCCCUGCUGGAACUAGACCCAACGGUAACAGCUCCCAGAGGGGAGGCGGUGACGGUGUCUCAACCCGCUCUGGUCACUUCCGCCCUCCCGUGGCUAAGAAGCCCACAAUCGCUGUCAAGCCCACCAUGAUGCUGUCCUGCUCUUCGGCCGACCUGGACUUGGAGGGCAACCUACAUCGGCCACCAGACGCUGGUGAACCCGGCAAAACCUCUGCCUUUACCGUCUGGACCCGAAAUGGGAUGAACCGCAAGAAGCCCGGCGGGCCUAACAACAAUGAAGGGGAAUAUGCCGUGGAGGAGAUUGAGCGUUACAGGCAGUGCAGUCGGCGCGCACCCCGUGGGAAUGGCAAUGGUUUGACUGACAUGCUCAAGGAGAUUGCGGGCCUGGGCUCUGGCCCUAGCCCCAGCCCCUUGUCCGGGUCGAAGGACCUCUUUUUGGGGCGCAUCAGCAGCUCCUUCCAGCGCUCUUUAGAAAGAGGACUCCCCGCUUCUGGUUGCUUGGCCAUUGGGAGCAGCAGCAGUGGAGGGGCUGCCCAAAAGCGGGUGUCCCUCAGCAACAGUAUGGAGGUCAUCAGCACCGAAGGAGGGCGCUUCUGUUACCCUGAGUUCUCCAGUGAAGGAGAGGACGAUGAUGAGGAUGAAGAUGACGAAAGUGAAGUUAACGACGACGAUGAACACGAGAGCUGGGAUGAGAGUGACGAGGAACUUCUAGCCAUGGAGAUCCGUAUGCGGGGCCAGCCGCGCUUCGCCAACUUCCGUGCCGCCACACUCUCCCCAGUCCCCUUUGCCCAGGGGAAGAAGUGGAACACUGUACCGUUACGUAACCGCUCACUCCAGAGGAUCUGCGCCGUGGACUAUGACGACAGUUAUGAUGAGAUCCUUAAUGGAUACCCCUCCACAGACUCCAAUGGAGGCCUCGGUAUCCUUCCGUACGGCCCUGGUGACCUGCAGGGCAGCGGCUUUCUCUCCAAUUCGGAGUGCACCACUUCCCCAGAGUCCUCAUCAUCGCUGCCGGAGGACUUACGCACCACUUCCAGCUGCAGCAGCAGUGCUCCCUGUGGCCCCCUGAGAAACGGUCUGCACUCCCCCUCAGCUUUCAGAACACCGGCCCUCCAGGCUGCUGGUACAGACAAGGAACAACAGACCCAGAAGGCUGUCAGUCCAUCCAAGGUCACAGAAACCCACAAGGCUGUUCUCGCAAUCCAAUUGGAGGAUCAGGACAGCAGGGAGGGCUUACCUAUGCCUCAAGCUCUUCCCGGGCAGCCAGUGAUGAUCAGCUUCAGCCCCACAGAGGAGCAAGCCAAACCUUACCGUGUGGUUAACCUGGAGAAGCAUCUUAUCUGUAAGCCCUACACAGUGGUGGACGUGUCUGCAUCCAUGGCUAACCCAGAGGAACAAAACCAAGAACGCACUCCCAAACAGCCAAAGACUCCCAUUAGCCCCUCUUCCUACCCUAUCUCCCCCUUAGGCCAGCCACUGUCUCCUGCCUCACCCAUGUCCCCAUCAUCUCCCAUCUCCCCCACAUCCGCCACACCGUUUGUCUUCCAGGGCAAGGCCAGCAAGCAACCAGGUGCUAUCCGCUACCAGGAGGUGUGGACGUCUAGCACCAGUCCCCGUCAGAAGAUCGCCAAAGUGGAUCUGGAGUCCACUGGAGCAUCUGGCCCUGCCGUCCCACCUCGCCACUGCAGCCACAAGUCAGCCCCAACCUCCCCCAUUGCUGGCCUCUCCUCCUCUCGGACUGUACCUGUGAAAUCCCCUAACCUGUCCGAGAUCAAGUUCAACAGUUACAACAAUGCAGGGAUGCCCCCCUUCCCCAUCAUCAUCCGGGAUGAUACCACAUACUCCCGCAGGUCCAAGAACGCCGUCAAGGUGCCCAUCGUCAUCAACCCAAGUGCUUACGACAACCUGGCGGUGUAUAAGAGCUUCCUGGGUCUCAGCGGGGAGAUGCCUCAAAUAAAGGACGGGAGAGUGGCUAGCCACACUUAUGAGGAGGUCGGCUCCUCGGAGAGUGUCCAACCUUCUCCUACAGAGAAAACUAUUGGUAAAGCGGCAUCGGAGAAAGCUGCUGCUGGAGAAAGGAAAGCCGCUGCAGCAGCGCUGAUAAGCCAGGAGCUAACCGCUCGAACCGCUAAAGACUUGACUGUAGCUGCGAGCAUGGCUGCUGGUUCUCUUUCUCCUUCAGCUGCCACAUCGAUUGCUGUUCCAACUCCUCUCACUGUCGCUGCCACCUUGGCCAAAAGCAGCUCCAGUUCAGCCUCUCGUGGGCGCACUCGCAAGAUCAGUGGGGAAACAACAUCCAGCAAAGAGGGGAGCACUGACUUCCCACUGUCAUCAUCAGGCACUGGGACAGGCCACCGGGAGAAGGCCAGCACUGUGUUGUCCCAGAUCGUUGCCUCUAUCCAGCCCCCACAGUCUCCCCCAGAGUCACCUUCCCCACAUUCUAAAGCCUGCAGUGUCGAGGAGCUGUAUGCCCUUCCACCCAACGCCACCAAAGAAACACUCAGUCGACCCAAGUCUCUCUUCUCCUCCACUGACAGCUGCCUGUCCAAACCCAGGAAGGACACACCCUCUAAACAGCUGCCCAAAUCCCAGAGUGCCUCAGCAGCCGUGCCCCUGUCCAGCCCCACGAAGUCAGAGCCCAACGCUCCAUUCCCCCCUCCCAGAUCCACCUCUUCCCCAUACUACGCCUCCAACAUCCUUCAGAGACACUUUGGCCACUGGACCAAGCCUGCCGCCUCCAGCUCCCCCUCGCGCCCCUGUGAUGGAGAGACCAGCCCGGGUGGAGGGGAAGGGAGACGGGUGGCGGUAGAGAGCGCCAAGCCCAAACGCUGGAUCUCCUUCAAGAGCUUCUUCCGCCGGCGGAAGGAUGAGGACGAACAGCGGGAGAAAGCACAGAAGGAGACGAAGAAGGGCAAGCUGGUGGGGCUGGACGGGACGGUCAUCCACAUGCUGCCACCUCCGCCCAUCCAACGCCACCACUGGUUCUCUGAGGCCAAGAACGAGGACCCCAGUCAGAAACCCACAAUCAUAUUCACCUACAAGCCAGACGGCAGCGCCUCCGGUGACUGGGAGGGGGAACUGCGGGUGGAGGAAUGCAGAGAAACGUCUCUGCUGUCCCCGGAGGAGAGCCAAGACAUCAGACCAUCUACCACCGGGACUGCCCUCCACUGCAAGGCCAUCAGCCAGGUGCCAUGUGAUGCCAACAUAUCCGAGGGGGAGAUGCCCACCGCGUCCUCCCUAUCCGCCAAACUGGAGCUACUGUCCCCUGGGGAGGAGUGUGUCAUCCUGGCUGCCACCCCGGCCUCGGCCAGCGAGAGCAGUCCCAGCCUGGUUGACCCGGAGGAGGAGGAUGGCCACUCCCACUCGCCAGCAUCCAGCUCCUGCAGUGCCACCUACAGCAACCUGGGUCAAUCCAGAGCCAACAUGAUCCCGCUGAAGCACCCACGGAACAUCAAGGCUUCGGAUGACACCCUGGCCGACUUGGACGAGGAGGCCUCCAAAGCCACUCCACCCCCACUGCCCAAGAAGUCGGUAGCCCGCCCCAGUACAGAGACCUCCAGCCUGGGAAAGGAGCUCCCUCUGAGGCCCAAGCGUGAGGCGAAACCCGGGGGUACCAACCUGAGCGUAGCCAACCCCCUGUACGACCUGGACUCCACCUGGGAGACGGGCAGCCACAGCUCCUCGCUCAGCUCCGAGGCCCGCGCUCAUGACCAGGAGAGUGGGGACUCCCUGGAGAGACCUGUGGUGGCCGUCAACAAGGGCCGAGGGGCCAACAGCCUGUCGUGCCUGGCCUCGGCCCCCAGCGCCACCACGGGGAGGGAGCGGCGGGGCUGCCACAGUGCAGAGUCCGUGGCGGGUAAGGCCCGGACCACGGCCAGGGUGGGCAGCAAACCCCAGAGGCAGGCCCUCUACAAUGGCAUGGACAGCUGGGAGGAGGUGGUGGGUCGCAUCCGGGGGCUGCACACGGACACGUUGAGGAAGCUGGCGGGGAAGUGCGAGGACCGCUUUAUGGCCGGGCAGAAGGACCACCUGCGCUUUGGCACGGACAGCUGGUCGCACUUCAGGUUGACCACAGGGAAGCCCUGCUGCGAAGCCGGAGACUCUGUUUACUACACUGCCUCCUAUGCCAAGGAUCCGUUGGUCAACUACGCCAUCAAGAUCUGUCGGUGUAAUGUGAAGGAGAACCAGCAGCAGUUUUUCCACAGCCUGGCGGUGAGACAGAGCCUUGCACUCCACUUCAACAUCCAGCAGGACUGUGGCCACUUCCUGGCCGACGUCCCCCCCCGCCUGCUGCCCUGGGAGGAGGAGGAGGAGGAAGAGGAAGACAAUGAGGAAGGGCAGAAAGAGACAAAGGAUAAGGAGACAAGGAGGAAGAAGGAGACUGUUGAAACAGCGAAUGCCAUGCAGAACAGGCAUGCCGAGGAUGCCCAGAUCCCAGGCCACCACAUGGGCACCACCGGCCGCCUGCGCAGCCGAGUGGUGGUGAUCACCCGUGAGGUGCCCUUCCAGACCGUUGCUGACUUUGUCAGGGAGGGCGCAGUCCGGCACGCCCGCAACCCAGACCUGUACGAACGUCAGGUGUGCCUGCUGCUUUUACAGCUGUGCUCGGGCCUGGAGCACAUGAAGCCCUACCACGUGACCCACUGUGAUCUGCGUCUGGAAAACCUGCUGCUGGUGCACUGCCACCCGGGAAACCCCUGGAACUUGGACCUGCUCGAGCCCAACAAUAACAGCAGCAACAGUGCCACCUCCGGGGCAGGUGCUGCCAACACGGCCACCAACGCCACCUGCCCUGCCCGCCUCAUCAUAAGCAACUUCUCCCAGGCCAAGCAGAAGAGCCCCCUGGUGGUGGACCCCAGCGCGCUGUGCAACCAGUCGCGACUGGCGCCCGAGAUCGUCACAGCGACGCAAUAUCGCAAGUGCGACGAGUUCCAGACAGGCAUCCUCAUCUACGAGAUGCUGCACCGGCCCAACCCCUUCGAGGAGACACCCGAGCUGAAGGAGAGGGAGUACACCUGGGCUGACCUGCCGCCACUCCCGGCCCGCUCCCUCUACUCCCAGGGCCUGCAGCAGUUGGCCAGCCUCCUGCUCACCGUCAACCCCUCGGAAAGGAUCCAGAUGGCCGAGGCCAGGGCCUGCCUGCAGUGUCUGCUCUGGGGGCCCCGUGAGGACCUCUUCCAGGCUCUCAGCUACACCAGUGGCCAGACAUCAGGCACCAACUCCAGCCAGCAGGAGACCACCCUCCAGAACUGGCUGGACCUGAAGAGGACGCUGAUGAUGAUCAAGUUCGCAGAGCGCUCGCUGGACACGGGCUGUGGCGUGAGCCUGGAGGAUUGGCUGUGCUGCAAGUACUUGGCCUUCGCGACCACAGACACGCUCAGCCGAGUGGUGCGCAUCCUCCAGCAGCAACACUCACAGUCCCAGCAUCUGACCCAGUCUCAGCAGCACCUAACCCAAUCCCAACACCUGACCCACUCCCAACCGCUCUGAGCUCCAUUACUCACUAGCUUCUCACCGCUCAUCCAAUUCUCUCUGGACUCGUGUCGUAAUGCUAACAGAUCUCACCCUCUCAUCUCUGUCCCUUCAACAACGCAACCAAACCAUGAGCGGAAAAUCUAUGGUAAAAAACUGUAAUAAAUCAUUAGCCUUAUUGUGGACUAUGACAUUGUAUGCAGUGCUCAGAUGUUUCACCAGUGUAUCUUUUGGUGGGAAAAAGUGUAGGGAGUGGGUGUUAUCAAAUUAAACCUGCUUCAAUGUACGAUGAAGUACUCGGAUGAGACAAAAAGUGCUUUGAUACUACAAACUGGCAAAUAGUCCUCGCUUGGUAAAAUCUCAAUGAGCUUCAAUGAACAAGUAGGAAAAAAAACAUAAACCGUCAAAAAGGAUGCUCGAAUCGCUCUCAGCUGGAGUUGCCACAGCAACAGGUUAUCUCCACAUUCAAUUCAAUGGGCCCCAAUCUGAAAAUCCAAUCUCCUCAGACUUGAGUCUUCUUUCACAUUAUUAGCCAAUUAUUGCACAGGUCCUCUUUGCCAUGGUUUGUUUUUUGAGUUCACAGUAUGUGACAAUAAUACGGCAGCACUGAGACUGGACAUAAGCCUAGUGAUAGUGACCACAUAGCCCAGCCAAUCUCUGCUGGCUCCAGUUGCUCUGACAUCCCCUUGUUGUCUGUGUGUUUGUGUAGCCACCUCUCAAAACUGUCUCAAAGACAUGAGUCCUAUAGGGAAUUCCGAGGGAUUUAGCCUUCAGAUCAGAGCUAUCCUAACUAGAGCUGACUGUCACCUUGAACUAAGACGUUUGAAUAAUGCAGUUGAGUUUAGCUUUGAAUGGCUUUCAAGAUAGAAUGUCAGCGUGCAUAGUGUAGGGGUCAUGCUUGCCCCAAUGCUUCAGGUCAGUCCUAGUCUAAACAUCUCCAAUAAUCUUCUCAGCACUCGCCCACUCCCUUUCACUGUCAACCAUUACUGAGGGGGGAGGAAGGGAGGGUUGAGGCUCCAAGGACGAUUGAUUAAGAAUGAAGAAUACAGGCUCCUCAGUUCCCCAAGGAGGACAGACACCCAGCCCAAAUUUAGCAUUACAUCUUCUCCUCUACCAUAAACUAAACCACCCAAUAAGGAGGAAAAACCUCCUUAUUCUUAGGUACAUCGUUGGAAUUAUUUUUCAACCACCAAGUGUGUUAUGCAAACCGAGAAUCGCCAAAGUUCUGCCCCGCAGUCUCCAUUUUGACAAUUGUGAGAAAUACAUUGAGGCGACAAGAUUUUAGAUGUUUAUAUAAGAGGCAUCUGUUUCAGUUCAUCAAGGUGAAUGCAUUGUAACACAGUCAUUUGAAGUGCCCUUACCACUGCUUAAAUACAGUACAUGAUUCUGCAAUCAAUCCAGGCUGCCAUGUUGCUUCGUAGUAUCAUUGAUGAGAAGUUAGACAAUAGUCGGACAUGAAAGCACUCCCAAUGUAAUUUGCUCGUUUUUAAGCAAAGCCAGAACUUCGAAUACUAGGAAGUCUGUUUUAGUUGUGUGUUUCGUGGACAAACACUAUUUUUCCUUUGGAUAUGUGCAAUUCAUGUCAAAUGUUAUUAUGAACUAUGAAAAUGACUGUACUUAAACAUGUACGUAGCCUACUUUUAUCACUUUUCAGUUAUUCUCGCUUCCAUUAUUAUUUCUGGCACAUAACUGGCAAUGACGUUUAGCUGAAAAGGCAGGAUUUAGUCUCAAACCCUGAUGUGGAACUUGUUGUGGUGAGCUCAGACAACAUUAUUGCAGCGCGUAGAGGGACUUUGAUGUUUCAGGGGCUGCUUGUUGGGUUUUCUUUUUUUGUAUUUGUUUCUAGUCUUUAAUUAUACUUUUAUUUGUUAAUAUAAGAUGCUUGUGUGUUUGUAAUUGACUGCGUCUGGCCUGGGUGAUAUGAUCAAUGUUUUGCACAUUCAGUAGAACUCAAGCGUUCCUAAGCGCUGGAAUGGAAAUGUAGAAGCAAAAUGGAGUGACAGGUCGUAAUAAAAAGCAGUUCUAGCCUGGUAACACUGCUCAGCCUGGAUUAACCAGGCUAGUUCCAGCCCUCGUGGAAAGAAACACACUGUGUUUUGCUCAGCAGCAGCACAUGGAAUGUAGGAGUCUCUCUGGACUGGAGUGAAGCUUCGGUUGGAACUGAAAGGAUCCCAUGAACCUGGACUUAUUAUUCCCAAUAGACUGUGUUAGCCACUCAGCCUCCGCUUUGGGGCGUUUCACUAGUUAACCACUAUACAUGACAAACAUUCCCGAUCAAUAGAGAAUGGCCACUGCCUUAAACCCCUGCUUCCUGCACAUCUAACCACACCACCCAACCACUGAGAUUCAUAUGCCUAUUGUCCCAUCACUAUAUAUCCGUUUUAUGGGCUGCCAUGGGAACUCACUACAACUGUUGCAGAUACAUAUCCAUCCCUCUGCCUCAUCAGCAUUGGUGAUGCCACUGCACACAGUCAGCUUGAGCUUGUGGUCCAUUAUAGCCAAAUGAAUGAGCGUUUGGCUUUAUGGCCUGUGUCUGUCUGCCUGGAAUCAAUGCAACUGAAAUACAUGGCUUACGUUGGCUUUGCUUCUAUCAGUUAGGGGGCUUACUGAAGACAAUAGAGACUGUUUGUGUGCUUUUGUGGUUGAACAAUGUGAGCGAUUUCGGCAGAUCCCACAUACUUUGGACUCACAGGUUGACGUCUCUAGCAGUGCUAGUUCGACACAGCAGAUCCCUAUAAUAAAGGAUUGUAAUAAUGUCAAAUUAUAGUUGAUAGCUUGACACAAAUACCCAGCAGAGUACCCUGAUAUUUUUUAUUCUGUAACUCUCUAGAUUUAUAUAUCCACAAUAGGAGUGUGCAAUGGCCUCCGGCAUAACAGAUCUAAUGGGGUUUACUACACACAUUGCACAACAGAUUUCCAAACAUAACAGGUGUAUGACUCUGAAAACACAUAUUUGGGAUUCCUCUUGUAAUGUUUCGUCAUCCUGUGCGUGUCCAUGCAGGUUUGGUUUCUUUACUAAGUAUGGAAUUGUUUUACUUAUUCACACGUCUAACAGCAUCCUGUGAGAAGAGGGCCAAACUCUGCCAUGGUUCCCCUUCUAUAUCCAAAUGAAUAACAUGGCAUAGCAGCCAGACACUCACUACCUUGGGUCAGUGGAGGAGAACUACUGGGAACUACUGUGAGGAAGGGAUCCUGUGUAUUUAGAUGUAGGGUCAGAUGUGAUGUCAAGGACAUGGAAUGGUGACUUCAGGUCAAAGAGUCCAGGCCGCUGAGGAAUGCAUGUGGACUGCACUGGUGGCUGUCCUUGUAUCUAGAGAGUCAACAUUUAUAUUAUCUAAUCUAUAAUCUACACUAUUUACAGAAUUUACAGUGCACCACUAACGGUCGGUCUGUCACGACAGACAAGAUACCAUCAGCUUGACUUUUUUGUCUCAUCUGUUUUGGGAGAAAACUGGUGAAUUGUUUUUUCUGUCCGGAAGAAUGUUGUUAUAAAACUAUAGUGUUCUCACCUUUUGGAAAAAGAGUGUUUGCAUACAGAUUCAUGUACAGUAUUUUUCCCUCUUGUAAAUGAUCGAGUUAAACUACUUUAACAGCCAGUUGAGAGGAGGGUUUUUGAAUGAAUAACAAACACCAUUAAAAACGCAUUGUUCAUGGAUAGUGUUGCCAACAGUGAGUUCGCAGUUUUUUAUCAUUGCAUUUUAAUCGCCACUGAACAUAAAAAGUAAACUCUCUUGGCUUUCUAUAUAUGUGUAUAUCUCUUGGCCUAUUGCCAUUUUAUUGUUGAUCAAGUAACCGAUAGUAACACAACAAUAAAUGUAUGUUUUUAUAUACAUUGUGUGUGAGACCCCAUUAUUGCCGAUCUGUGUCAGCCGCUUGCAUGUCCCUCUUGUGGUGAUGAAGUGUAAACAACCGACUAAUACAAGGGCUGCAUCCCGAUAGUCUAGUUGGCUUCCUUAUGAGGUAGGAUCCUCCCCUUGACUCCUUUCCACUUAUUUGCGCUGCCGUAACAAAAGCAAGACUGGAGAAAGGUAAUACCUUGUAGUUAACCACUAUGUUGCUUUCACGUCAUCUGUGCUUUCAGAUUAUCCAGGCAAAUGAAGGAGGUGACACUGGGGAGAAGCCACUCUAGACUAUUGAGCAACUGUGGUUUUAUCUGUGUGAGUUGAACGCUUGUUCAUUGUCAGUCUCAUAUAAGUGAAAGGUAUGUACAGAGCUUAAAGACACUUGUGGCAUCUAGAUAUGUUGGGCAUCAUGAUGGAAACAUCAGAAAUGGGGAGAACCCAACAACAAAUGGUGUGGGCGUAUACCGGUCAUUACAAAUAUUAAUGUGAGUAGAUCGCUGAUUGGCCAGCUCAAUCCUCCUCAGGAGGAUGACAUCAUCCUUUAUGAGGAAAUAGCAAGAUUUUGUGAAAACGUCGGUUUGAGAUUAACGUUUGAGGUGGGGUUUUUUAAAGUGUUUUUUUCUCUCCAAUUGAUGCUUUGGCCAGAAAUACCAAUAUAUGAGUCGACAACAUUAUUUGGGUAUGAUUAAGAGAAUAGGAACUUUUAAAAGUGCUUUUUCACUGGACAGUUUAAUAUUUUAUUUUAAAGUACAACAUACUGUACAGAACAGUACUAGAUAUCAAUAUUUACUCAGCAUUGAGCACAAGGUGGAGACAUUUGAAAACUUUCCUGAAAUAUGACAACGGAGCCUAUGGGGCAACGGCAUGUUCCUGUAGCCUCAAAUCCACUGCCAUUGUAAAAAAAAAAAAAUGACUGUUGGAGAUUGAUGCGUUGUCA